AGCGGCGAAACACCAGUCUACGUCCCGUUCCUCAACGCCUUGCUGAUCUUUGUCUGCGUCUACCUCGUCUACCGGACAAUCUUCCCCUCCCUCGCGAGCGACCACGACCACGUCCGCGCAAAGGAGGCAGCACUGACGCGGUCCGAGCCAAUAGUCUUUUCGACCUUCACGCCCAAGACUCUCGCGCCACAUAACGGCACCGAUCAGCCGCGCGUGUUGAUGGGUAUCAGAGGACGAGUGUACGAUGUCUCGGCCGGACGAAAUUUUUAUGGGCCGGGCGGGCCGUACAGCAACUUUGCUGGCCGCGAUGCUUCGCGAGGACUGGCGAAAGGGAGCUUCGAGGAAGACAUGUUGACCGACAUCGACAAGCCGCUCGAUAAGCUCGAAGACCUCAUGCCCGAGGAGAUCAACGCUCUCAACGACUGGGAGUCUCAUUUUAGAGGAAAGUACAUUCUCUGCGGCGAGUUGAUCGAGAAC